GGUGCACGAAUCAUAGUUUAAUGGAAACAAUACAUAAUGAAUUGCAUUUCACGGAAAACAAGGGGUAAUAAUUGAUAAACAUAAAUAACCCCGAAACUACAUCGCACGGUAACAGUAUGAAAAUUCCGAGGUUGGACAACACCCACAAUGUUUCAGACUUCAGGGCUUCCACUAUUCAUUCCACCAAUCAUCACUUCUCUUGUCUCCAACCUUCUCGCCUUCACUCUGAUUGAGUUCAUUGGAGAAUAUGACGAAGGAGAAGCCUCAAGCCCUUGCCUUAAGGAGGAAACUGGACAAGCAAUUGAAGUUGGAACUGACCAACAGUAGUCCAAGAACUUGGGGGUCUUCAAUAUAUGGUAUUGGGGUGGAUGCAGAUGAUCUCAAGUCUGAUGGAGGAAAUUAUUCAGUGUUCAAUUACACUGAUGAGGAUCAACAUGCUAAAUCUCUUUUUCGUUGUCCUUUCUGCGAUUUUGAGUUUGAAUUUUCUUCAGCCCAUAUCUGCUUGGAAGAGCUUUGUCCUAUGUGUGACAAAAAAUUAGGGAAGGAUGCAAUCAGAGUUGCACAUAAUUCAAGCCCACAAAAGAGAACUUUGAAGUCUGACAAAUCUAGCAUCUUGUCCGGGGAUUCAGUAGCGAUUGACAAGAAAAUUGGCAAAGGUUUCUCCAGCGUUGCCUCAGACAUUUCCAAUGCCAUAGGCUCUAGGUCAGAUGCACCCCCGAAUACCGGUGAUGAACAGGUUAUCGAAGGCAAAAGGGAUUGAAGAGCCUGUCUGAGUUGCAGUAGGUACAUCAAGACAAAAAUCAGAUGAACUUUGCUCGUUUUAGUCUUUGCUUGGAUGAGAUAGGGAAGAAGACUCAAGAUAAUGUUUAGUUGGCUUAGGUUUCUAUGCUUAGUUUGUUUCAGCUUUUCUGUUUUGGAUGAAUUUAAUUUCAAUGUCGUUUGAAUAAUGUGUGGCUAUGAUAUACUCUAUCUUUUGAUUUUCAUGAAUAGUUGAAAUAUUGGAUUUUAUGGUUGUUUUAUGAAAUAUCUUGUUGAAUGGCAAAACUUGCUUGGAAUUUA